AGGGUUUUCACUCUCAGCGAGUGCGCGCUCUCUCCGUCUCAGAGUCUAAACUUCUCUCCUUUACAUACCCACGCUUUCAUUCCCAAUAACCAAUCAUGGCUGAGCGAGGAGGAGAACGCGGCGGAUUUGGGCGAGGAUUUGGCGGUGGUCGUUCAAGGGGAGACCGCGGCCGUGGUGGUCGUCGCCGUCCCCGUCGUGACGAGGAAGAGAAAUGGGUGCCUGUGACGAAACUCGGCCGCCUCGUGAAGUCGGAUAAGAUCAAGUCCCUCGAGCAGAUCUACCUCCAUUCCCUGCCCAUCAAGGAGCACCAGAUUGUCGACCAGCUCUGCCCCGGCCUCAAGGACGACGUCAUGAAGAUUAUGCCGGUCCAGAAGCAGACCCGUGCCGGGCAGAGAACCAGAUUCAAGGCAUUCGUUGUCGUCGGUGACAGCAAUGGCCACGUUGGACUCGGCGUUAAGUGCAGCAAGGAGGUCGCCACCGCGAUUCGUGGCGCAAUUAUACUGGCCAAGCUGUCUGUGGUACCUGUGAGGAGGGGUUACUGGGGGAACAAGAUCGGGAAGCCCCAUACCGUGCCGUGUAAGGUGACGGGGAAAUGUGGGUCCGUCACGGUGCGUAUGGUGCCUGCUCCACGAGGAGCCGGGAUCGUCGCCGCUAGAGUCCCGAAGAAGGUCCUGCAAUUCGCCGGGAUCGAGGAUGUCUUUACCUCGUCGAGAGGGUCCACUAAGACUCUUGGAAAUUUCGUGAAGGCAACUUUUGAUUGUCUGCUGAAGACUUAUGGGUUCCUUACACCUGAAUUUUGGAGGGAAACUCGCUUCACCAAGUCUCCUUUCCAAGAGCAUACAGAUCUUUUGGCAAAACCAGUUGGCAAGCUAAUCCUUGAGGAGCCUGAGAGGGUUGAAGCUUGAGUGAGGAGACGAACAACAUUGUGUUAGAGAACUUCUUGAGUAUGAGAUGUUUUCUAUUUCAUUCGAGGGAUAGUAUGUUUCUUUUUCCGUAUUUGACAGUUUUAAAGUUUUGAAUCGGUUGGUUUUAUGUCUUUUUGUUUUUUGUUCAUUUUUGGCUGGACAAUGCAAUAGUUAUGCUAUAUGAAAUCGUAUGGUUCAUGGAUAA